AUGAGAAAUUCUGCCUACCUGGAAGGUGCCAACUGCACCCUCUUAUACCUAUCCGGUGUGGUCAACAUGCGGUCAAUAAUGCCUGCGAAUACCCAAAGGCUCAACUCCGCAUUCAACAUAUGCAGUAGAGAGCUGCAGUUGCACAAUGAUGGAAUGCACAUCAUGAGCCGGGCACAAGGCGUGAUUGGGUUUACAGGGUCGUCGGCCUGUGUAUCCGAGAGUACCAUCUCUAUAGCCAUGGUGUUCACACUAGUUUGCGCCGGAGAGCUGUUCACUAUGCGACCCGACUCGGGCUUUUACAGCGUGGAGUAUGGCUCUUCGAGAAGGCAUCGGAGCGUCGCUAUGCUGAGGGCUGGUCGGGGCGACAGAUCGUGGCCGUGCGACAGGAAGGAGGCAUCACGAAGUACCUGA